AUGGCCACAAAGAGCAUAGUCAAAGCAUUGGAGAGCUUCACAAGCUGUGAUGUGGCCGAUGCCUUGACGAAGCUCAAAGUGCCUCAUGGCGGUUUCCUCCCAGGCCUCACAAUGUGGUCGCCCAAACGGCAAGAAGGUGCUACGAAAAUCAUAGGUCCAGCAUAUACCGUCAAAUACGUGAAGAAGAACUACGAGAAUGAGCCGAAGCCGCAAGGGCAUUAUAUAGACUCUGUUCCGCAGGGAGCAGUAGUCUUCAUCUCAGCUCCUCCUCGAAUGAUCAAUGCCUGCUACGGUGGUCUUAUGAGUACAAGAGCCAAGCAUUUAGGAGCCGUUGGAACUAUUAUCGAUGGACGACUACGAGACUUGCAAGAACAUCGUGACCUUGAUUACCCGGUCUUCGCAAAAGACGUAGGCACGACAGCGCCGCAGGAAGUCGCUCGCGUUAGUGAGAUCAACGCACCCGUGAGAUUCAACAGCGAGGAUCAAGACUCUAUCAUAAACCCCGGCGACAUCUUAAUCGCAGACCUCAACGGCGUCGUAUGCCUACCACAAGCACUCGCGGAACAAGCCAUCGAUCUGAUAGCGUCGCAAGUCGAGGCCGAUGAGAAUGUGGCUGCUGAUAUCCGAAAUGGCAUUACUGUUGCCGAGUCGAUGAAGAAGCACAGAGCCAAUGUCAAGCAGCCGAAGCUUGCGUGA